CCCAAGUGACCUUUCUCCCAGAUCCCAGGGUCCAGGCUGGGGGCCAGAGGCUUCAGGGAUUGGUCAGGGCUGGAGGGGCGGGUCUGGCUCUACAGACCGUCUGCUGAGCCUAGCAGGUGCAUUUCCGGGAUAGAGCAGGGCUGCGGGGCAGCUACCACCUCCAGCCAGGACCUCUGUCUUCUAGACAUGGGCCGGGGGUCCCUUGUUCUCUAGGACCCUGGCCCUCCAGGAGUACAGACAACCUAAACACUGCCAGUUUAUGGCCGUGCCAUGCCCGGGACUCAGGCACAGCCGGCCCCUGGCCCGGAGGCCAUGGAGCCGGUUCCCCCGGAGUUGGACCUGGUGCUGGGUGCCUCGGCCUGCUGCCUGGCCUGUGUGCUCACCAACCCCCUGGAGGUGGUGAAGACGCGACUGCAGCUUCAGGGAGAGCUGCGGGCCCCGGGCACCUACCCUCGGCUCUACCGCGGCUUGGUAGCCUCGAUGGCCACUGUGGCCCGUGCAGAUGGCCUUCGGGGCCUGCAGAAGGGGCUGGCUGCCGGCCUCCUCUAUCAGGGCCUCAUGAACAGCGCCCGCUUCUACUGCUACAGCCUGGCGUGCCAAGCGGGCCUCAGCCAGCAACCAGGAGGCACUGUGGUUGCAGGCGCCGUGGCUGGGGCACUGGGAGCAUUCGUGGGGAGCCCUGCUUACCUGGUCAAGACGCAGCUGCAGGCCCAGACGGUGGCUGCCAUGGCUGUGGGCCACCAGCACCAGCACCAGAGCGUCCUCGGUGCCUUGGAGACCAUCUGGCGGCAGCAGGGCCUGCUGGGCCUGUGGCGGGGUGUGGGAGGGGCGGUGCCCAGGGUCAUGGUGGGCUCAGCUGCCCAGCUGGCCACCUUCGCCUCCGCCAAGGCCUGGGUACAGGAGCAACAGUGGCUUCCCGAGGACAGCUGGCUGGUGGCCCUGGCAGGGGGCAUGGUCAGCAGUGUGGCUGUCGCUGUUGUGAUGACCCCCUUGGAUGUGGUCAGCACACGGCUGUACAAUCAGCCCGUGGAUAGUGCUGGCAAGGGCCAGCUGUAUGGGGGCCUCGCUGACUGCCUGGUGAAGAUCUGCCAACAGGAGGGCCCCUCGGCACUUUACAAGGGGCUGGGCCCUGCCUACCUGCGCCUGGGCCCUCACACCGUCCUCAGCAUGGUCUUCUGGGAUGAGCUGCGAAGGCUGGCCAGGUGGCCGCAGCAGCGGGACACCUAGGCCCCAGCCCUCAGCCCCUCCUGACCGCCCUGCCCUUGGCCAGAGCGAUGGCCCGAGACCCCUGGCCCAGGGCCGCACAGGUCCAGGGAGAGUGCAGCCCACUCCGCCCGAUCCAGCCCCAAGGACUGGAGCAUCCGCUCUGAACCACCCCACCCACCCCCUUCAUCCUGGCCACCGUGCCCCAGCACCUGGCUUGUUCUCAGGGGAGCAGCUGCGGAGCCAGUAUCGCCACGAGCCGAGCCUGCUUUGGCUCCCGGACUCUGUGACGCUGUGACAGGGAAGCCGCCACCCCAGGGAAGCUGAAGCCAGGAGAGGAGACGGUCCCGGCCAGAGCCACACAGCCUGAGGUGGUGGAGUCAGAACUUGAACUCAGCUCUGCCCACCCGGACCUGGGCUUUUGGCAAGAGCACUAGUAUACCAGGACUGUGGGGCUGGGACACCCCGAGGGGUCUGUCCAGGUGAGGAGACGCUGGUGUCUCCCGUCUUGUUUCUAGGGCUGCUCUAAUAGGGCGCCACACUGUCAAGGACUUAAACACUAGAAAUUUAUUUUCUCACAUCUGCAGGCUGCAAGCUGGAGACUGAGGUGCUGGUAGGGCUUGGUCCUUUCCUCCCUGCCUCUCUCUGCUCCCCUCUUCUCCACACCCCCAAUCUGAGAUGCUGAGCGCGUGCUGGCCUAUCGUCUACCCCUGAGCUGCACCUAGCCCGGGGCUACUUCCUCCUGAGACUUCUGAUCUUAGCUCGUACAGGCCACCCCUCCUUGUGUCCCCCGUGGUGUCCUUCUGUGUAUCCGGUGUCUGCGCCCUGAUCUCCUCUUAGAAGGACACCAGCGUUGUCGGAGUCGGGCCCACCCCACCGACCCCACCUUAACCGAGAGGUGAUUGCGCCUCCCUCCGUGUGCCUGGGGUCCUGGGGUGGAAUCUGGGAGCACAAUUCACCGACACCAUCCGAAGGCCUUUGCCGAGGGCCUCCUGACGAUUCCAAGAGAGAGCUCGGAGACACCACUGCUCAGAGGAGACGGACAGCCCCCUGGAGAGAGGCAGGGCAGAGCCCGAGCGGGGUGAGGCGGAGCCCGGCCUUUUCUCCAGAGACAGCCGCACUCUGCCUGGGUGCAUCCGCCGGCCUGCACAGACCUCUGUACUGGACACAGUGCCGUGCCAAGGUGGACAGCCCGAGUCACAGCUGCGGACCCUGGCCGCUGCACCCCGCCACAGCGCGUGCCCUGCCACACACUCCAAAUCAAUAAAGUUUUU